UAAGGGGGGGCAUUGUCAGGCAGUAGCUACCUGAAUACCUGAAUGUCUGAACUUCUAAAUCGAUCAACACCUUCUUCAGUUGUCACUCUAGUAGAAGCCAGCGGCAAGUCUAACGGUUUGGCGAUUUCACUUCUACCGUGCGAUGGGGAUCGAACGUCUGGGAUGCACCGUUGUGUACCGGCCGUUCUCAGACGCUAAACAGUGUUAAGCUUUCAUUUCUUUUCAGUCGCACCCUGCUAUCUAGGUGUUGGCCUGCGAUCUGUAAAUGCUAUCGAAUGAUCUGAACAUUAAACCCUAGCGUAGUUGGUAGCUGUAGAAGUAGUAUUUAUCGUCGUCUCCCUAGCGGCGCGUUAUCGUGUACUCGGGUGAUCUUGCAGUGAAUUAUAGCUACCCACUACUCUCUCGCUUGUUGACCUGAAUUUCUCUGAGUUCUUCCGCUACUUCUCGAUCUCGAUUCUCUCGUUCUUGCUUGUUCUUGACACGGCCUCGACCGAUGGAUGAAGGACUGGAUGAAGCAGAUCCGCGAUGUCACCUGCGACAUCGAGGAUUGCAUCGAUGAUUUCGCGCACCGCCUCUCCAGCGACCCCGGCGGCGACGUCUACUGUGCCUUCUUCAUCACCAGGAUCUACGAAGUCUGGACGUGGCAGCCUCGCCGCGACAUUGCUUCCAGUAUUACCGAACUCAAGGUGCGGGCGCAGCGGAUCGGCGAACGGCGCAUGAGAUACGGCAUCCGGAACCCGAAACAAGUCGGCAACGAGUCCGGUGACAGAGCAACUGGAUUUGACACUGCUGAGAACCAGCACACAACCCUUGAGCUUAUUGGCACCAAGAAACCCGUGGGAGUGGACAAGGACAUGGAAGAGCUCGGAAAGUGGAUUAGGGUGAUCGCUGAGGAGAUCAAGGCCCCAACUGAAACUGAGAUAAAGGGUUCCACUGAGUCUGCUCAAAAGUCCUCCAGAGACCAAAGGUCCCAAACACAGCCUAAAAUGCAAGCUCCAGGUGUCCUAUCCAUUGUUGGAUUUGGAGGAGUGGGAAAGACUACCAUUGCCACAUCAUUGUUCCGGAAAUUUGGUGAUCAAUUAGACCGCCGGGCGAUUGUCACAGUGUCUCAGAGCUCUGACAUUGAGGCAAUAUUAAGAAGCAUACUCAUUCAAGUCAUGCCACAAUCUGAAGAUGGCCUUGAUCACCAAGGCAGUAGUGGUGGCGCCCAGGAGAAGAAAUGGCUCAAGACUGCAAUUGGCUCAAUAUGUUGUACUGUCGUACCCAAGGGCCAGCAGGAUGGCAGCACCUCUAAAAAAGCACAGGGAAACAUACAAAUAAUGAAGCUGGAACAACUCAAGGAAGAGCUCAAGAAGCACCUGAACAAUUGCAGUUACCUGCUCUUAAUUGAUGAUGUAUGGUCUGCAACUACAUGGGAUCAGAUAAAAAAGGCAUUGCCCGCAAGUAACAAAAGCAGUAGAGUGAUGGUUACCACACGGUUUCAAGCUGUUGCUAGUACAUGUAAAAGAGAUAAAGGAGAUUAUUUUCAUAAAGUAUACGAACUUGAUGAAGCCGAGGCUAAAAAAUUAUUAAUGGAAGCUGUGCCCCAAGAAAAUCAGAAGAAAAUUCCAUCCAGGCUGUGGCAAAUGUGUGAGGGCUUGCCGUUGCUCAUAGUUACGAUGUCUGGGCUCGUGGUCUGCAACACGGAGAAAUCCAUGGCUGAUUGGGAACAAGUUUGCCGUACUAUAGUGCCAGACUCUGUUAAGAUUCUUGCCCAGGACAGAGUCACGAGAAUACUGAAUCACUGUUACAAUGAUAUUAAUGCUGAGAUUAAUACUUGCUCAUUGUAUUUAAGCAUAUUUCCGAAGGGUUGUAAAAUUAGUAGGAAACGUUUGACAAAGCGAUGGAUAGCAGAAGGUUUUGUAAGUGAGAAGCAGGGGCUCAGUGUGGAGGAUGUAGCAGAGGCAUACUUCAAUCAUCUCAGAAUGAGGAAGAUUAUACGAGCCGUGGAGCACAGCAGCAAUGGAAAGGUGAAGAGCUAUCAAGUUCACGACAUGAUUCUUGAGUACAUUGUGUCCAAGGCAAGUGAAGAGAACUUCAUCACAGUGGUUGGUGGCCACUGGCUCAUGGCACCACCAAGCAGCAAAGUCCGUCGGUUAUCCCUUCAAGGCAGUGACUCAAAACAUGGGAGUGCAACAGAGAGCAUGAACUUGUCUCAUGUCCGAUCGCUGACCAUGUUUGGGAGCUUGACUCAGCUGCCUUCGAAAUCAUUCAAGUUUGCAAUUGUUCAAGUGCUAGAUCUUGAAGGCUGUAAGGAUUUCAAACCGCAUCAUACCAAGGAUAUAUGCAAAAUGCUUCUUCUCAAGUAUCUCAGCCUCCGAAAAACAGACAUUAAGAGGCUUCCUAAAAAGAUUGGAAAACUCAAGUAUUUGGAGACCCUUGACAUAAGGGAGACCAAUGUUACAGAACUACCUAAAACCAUCUGCCAGCUUGAACGAAUUGUGAGCAUACUUGGUGGGAAUAAACGAACACGGAAGCCAUUGAAACUUCCUGAGGACAUGAAGAAAAAAACAAUGAAGGCUCUGCGAAUACUAUCAGGUAUUGAUAUUGUUGAAGGGCCAACUACAGUAGCAGACCUUCAUCAUCUGACCGAUCUCAGGAAACUCACCAUUUUCAAGCUCAACAUCAGGAUGGGUGGUAAGCUUUUUGAGGAGUUAAGGUCCUCGAUUGAGUACCUCGGUGGCUACUCUCUCCACACCCUGGUAAUCGAUGACGAGUCAGCUGACUUUGUUAAAUCACUGAGUGCCCUCUCUUCCCCUCCCAAGUUUCUUAAUGCUCUUGAACUGUCCGGUAAGUUGGUUGAGCUCCCGAAAUGGAUCACAGAACUGGAGGCUCUCACAAAGCUAACCCUCUCGGUGACAGUGCUCAAGGAAAAUGCUUUGGAGAAUCUUAAACAACUCAAGAACCUGUUUUCUCUGACAUUUUCACUUACGGCUGCAAAAUUGGAUCCGGAAACAGCCGCCAUUAUUGAGGAAAACAAGGUGCAAUCCGAUGGGGAAAUCAUUGUUCCAGCUGGCGGAUUUGAUAAUCUGAAGCUACUCCGCUUCUCUGCUCCUUUUGUGCCGCUACUAAGCUUUCCAGAUAAGGCAAUGCCGAAACUUGAAAGGAUUGAGCUACGUUUCAGCAUUCUGGAGGGAGUGCAUGGCAUAGAAAACCUCAAAAAUCUCAGAGAGGUGCAUCUCAGGAUACAUGAUAAAGCAGGCGAGAAUACUAAGAUGAUAGUAGAGGAUGUGGCAACUGCAGCAAGGGAAGAUGAAAACGGCCUUAGAGUAAUCGUUGAUCACUAUCAUGAUUAAUGAUCCUCAAAAAUAAUAUGUUAUGUGAUUCUUGUACUUUGAACGCUUUGCUUUUGGGGCAAUUGUUUGUUUGAUGUCACUUUGUUCUU